GAGGAGGAUUUUGCAUUGCAUCAUAGAAGAGAACAUAAGCAGUUGUUUGGUAGCCGCAAAAUGCAAUUAGAGUGAGACAAGGAAAGAGUAGCAGCAUAACAGUAUUUAAAAUAACCUUUGUUUGUUUCUUCUUCCUUCUUCCUUCCCAAUCCCAUAUUCAAUUUCAUCAAUCAAUUGAUUGAAUUGGCACCAUGGUUAUCUUUAUUUACACCCCCAUAUUACUCAAAAUCGCCAUCCUCUUAUUCUCAAUUUAUGCAAUACACAUGAUAUUCGAAACAGGUCUGAUACACGAGUCAACGAAACUAUGGAGAAUCAUCGAAGAUUGGUUCCACGUGUAUCAGGUUUUCCAUGUUCCAGAACUAAACGACAACAUGCAACACAACACUUUAUACAGAAAACUCUCUCUCUACUUUCAUUCCCUUCCUUCCCUCCAAAACUCACAAUUAAACAACCUCGUCACUUCCAAUACCAACCAAAACGACGUCGUUCUCACCCUCGCCCCUAAUCAAACCAUCCACGAUCAUUUUCUCGGUGCCACCGUUUCCUGGUUCAACCAAACCCAACCCAACCGAACCUUCAUUCUCAGGAUCAGAAAAUUCGAUAAGCAAAGAAUCCUUCGUGCUUAUAUUCAACACAUUCACGCCGUUGUUGAUGAAAUCGAAAAACAGGGCAAUCGCGAUUUGCGUUUCUACAUGAACGCAAGUGAUUUCGGACCGUGGAGAUUCGUUCCGUUUACUCAUCCUUCCACUUUCGAAACAAUUACAAUGGAAACCGAUCUCAAAAACAGAGUCAAAUCCGAUCUAGAAUCAUUCCUCAAAGGUAAACAAUACUAUCACCGCCUUGGCCGUCUCUGGAAACGGAGCUUCCUUUUAUACGGUUCUUCCGGCACCGGAAAAUCUAGUUUUAUCGCCGCCAUGGCCAAUUUUCUCUCUUACGACGUCUACUACAUAGACCUAUCCAGAAUUUCAACCGAUUCAGAUCUUAAAUCCAUCCUACUUCAAACAGCACCGAAAUCAAUAAUCGUCGUUGAAGAUCUUGAUCGGUAUCUCACUGAGAAAUCAUCCACAACAGUAACUUCAUCGGGGAUAUUGAACUUCAUGGACGGAAUUUGGAGCGGCGAAGAGAGAGUGAUGGUUUUCACAAUGAACAGUAAAGAGAACGUGGACCCGAAUCUACUUCGUCCGGGUCGGGUUGAUGUACAUAUCCAUUUUCCACUUUGUGAUUUUUCAUCUUUCAAAACACUUGCUAGUAACUACCUUGGUGUAAAGGAUCAUAAACUGUUUCCACAAGUUCAGGAAAUAUUUGAAAACGGAGCGAGUUUGAGUCCAGCAGAAAUCGGUGAGUUGAUGAUCGCGAAUCGGAACUCACCGAGUCGUGCGAUUAAAACAGUUAUAACUGCGUUGAAAACGGACGGUGAUGGAAGAGGAUGUGGAUUCAUCGAACGGCGAAUAGGGAAUGAGGGUGAUGGCGUGGAUGAGGGUGCACGUGAUACGCGGAAAUUGUACGGGUUUUUCAGAUUGAAAGGUCCUAGAAAAUCUUCUUCUUCACCAAACAGUGUAUUGGUGGCGAGUCCGUUGCGAAUUUGCGAGGAGGAAUGAAUGUGUGAAUGAUUGCGUUGGAGGACACGUGGAAAUGUUCGUUGGUCGUGGAAACAACGCGCAGCUUUUUCCAUUGCACCUGAUUCGACCGGGGAUAAUCUUUUUCUUUGAAGUCAACACAAACAAAAGUUAUUUGUACAGAUUUUAUUUAUUUUAUGGAAACUUCUACGGUACACCCUCAAAUUAAGAUGUAUCGGUACCCCUACUUUAAAAAUCUUUAAAUUAAUUAUUAUUUUUAUGAAAUAAAGAGCUAUUUUUUGAUAUUUA